GUAAUUGAAUAAGUUUUUACCAUAAAAAUUAAACUAAUAGACACUUGGGAGAGCCCUUUUUCUCUACGCAUUACAAGCGUUGCUUCCUUUUAUUCCUUGUAAACCAAAUCUGCAUAUUGCCAAAUAUCCCACUCUCUGUUUGUGAGAUCUAAGAUUUCCUCAAAAAGGAUCCUUUUCGGAUCAUUCGGGGGCAGAAUUUCAUUGUCAAAGCGGGGAAUCCUUAUUUUAUUUUUUUCGUUUUGGUAGGAGAAAGACAUAUGCGGUUGGAUCAGUACAAUUAUUAAUAGCAUUAUAGCGUCAUUCGCUAUGUCUUCCUCCGUCUCCAACUGAUGAAUGGAGAUACUUUCCAUCUCCGUAAGUCUACGUCAACACUCAGCACUAGAUCAUAUUGUAUAUCUAACAAAAAACACAAAGGCUCCGUUAAGGGCGUCAGGUUGAAAAACAAGGAAAUGAAAGACGAGAACAGAAUAACAGGCAUGGAGAAGAGAGAGGGAUGGUUGAGCAAUGCAUUUUUUAUGAGAUUAACGGCUAGGGAUGUGUUCGGGGUGGUGAAGUAUCAUCCUCUGCCCUGCAUCUUCGCUGCCUCGUUGUUGUUCUUCAUGGGGGUGGAAUACACUCUUCGUAUGGUGCCAUCUUCGUCACCUCCUUUUGAUCUGGGAUUUGUAGCUACGCGUACUCUUCAUCGUUUGCUUGAAUCGAAACCUGCUCUCAACACUGUUCUUGCUGGCCUUAACACGGUGUUUGUGGGGAUGCAAAUGGUGUACAUAGUAUGGGUUUUCUUAAUCGAAGGGCGGCCACGAGCGACUAUUGCGGCACUGUUCAUGUUCACAUGCAGAGGCAUUCUUGGAUAUGUUACGCAGCUGCCAUUACCAGAGGAUUUCUUGGGAUCAGGUGCUGAUUUUCCUGUAGGAAAUGUGUCGUUCUUCUUGUUCUAUUCUGGGCAUGUUGCAGCAUCUAUGAUUGCAUCCCUGGAUAUGAAGCGCGUGCAAAGAUGGAAAUUGUUUUAUUUAUUUGAUACCUUGAAUGUAUUGCAAGCGAUCAGGUUGCUGAGUACCAGGGGUCACUACACUAUUGACUUGGCUGUUGGAGUUGGUGCUGGAAUUUUGUUUGAUUCUCUGGCUGGAAAGUACGAGGAGAACAGGAAAAAGGAAUUGCUUACAGAUGGUCUUGAUGGUGGUGCGUUUCAUAACUCGAAAAUGCAUGAAAAUGGUGAAUAUAUAAGUGUUUCUUCGGAUUAGAAUGGCCAUUGUUUCCAUUCUUUUCAACUGUAAAGAAUGCUUUGGUAUGGCAUUAGUAAUGAAUUCCAGUUUCACAA